CUGUAAUUCGUACCUACCCUUUUCUCCAUCCUCACCAGCUGCCUUCCCAGUUCUAUAUUACUUCCCUUCUCCAAACCCAUCUUUAUAUAGUCCCCAGAUUUUCUCUCUGUUCUGCAUUUCCAGCCCUGCCUCUCUCUGAAUUCCUCUUAGUCAGGAAUUUGGAGAGAUAGAUAGAAUAACAAAAGAAGAAAGGAGAAAAACGAAAAGGAGAGCGGAAAUGGAAAUUACAAUGAUUUUCAUGGUUAGUGGUGUACUAAUGUUGUUGAGUUCUUCUGCAAAUGCUCAAGCUGUUGGAUCUCCUUUACUGUCGCCGACACCGGCACCCGCACCUGCACCGGAUUUCGUCAAUCUUACCGAUCUACUGACAGUUGCCGGUCCAUUCCACACCUUCCUUAACUAUCUGGAGUCGACCAAAGUCAUCCAAACAUUUCAGAACCAAGCCAACAAUACAGAACAAGGAAUAACCAUCUUUGUACCGAAAGAUGAGGCUUUCUCAUCUCUUAAGAAGCCAUCUCUCACAAAUCUAACUCAGGAACAGCUGAAGUCACUAAUCCUAUUCCACGCCUUACCCAAAUACUACGCCCUAGCGGACUUCAAGAACCUGAGCGUGGCAAACCCUGUUAGCACAUUUGCAGGUGGACAGUACGCACUCAACUUCACAGAUGUUUCAGGGACCGUUCACAUCGGCUCGGGAUGGACAAGCACCAAGGUGACCAGCAGUGUACAUUCGACAGAUCCAGUUGCAGUGUAUCAGGUCGACAAGGUACUUCUUCCCGAAGCGAUAUUUGGCACUCCUCCACCUCCAGCACCGGCUCCGGCGCCGACGCCUGACAUCGCUCCAGUUGCAGAUGCUCCAACUAGCCUCACCAGAGAUGGGUCUUCUCCCAAAUCUUCACCGACCAAAUCGUCCUCUUAUCGGAUCAUGAGCUGGGGUGUCUUGAAUUACUUGGUUUUGGCAAUGUCAGGUGGGUUGAUCUUAUUCUGGUGAGAGAGAAAUUGUUAUGUGGGAGUGCUUAAAUUUAUAAAUUAUAUUGAGAGAUUGAGAGAGAGAGAGAGAAUGUGUGUGUUGUGUAUUCAUCUUUGUCUCAAUUGCUUUGAUUUCGAGCCCAUUUUUUUGAACAUAAUAUGUACUUGAAAUUUAGCAGUUUAAAGAUGUGAUUUCUUCUCCUGCAUUCAAUGAAUACUGCUACCAUGUUUUCUUACA